AUGGACCAGCAGGAGCCGACAGAGUUGAUACUCGACGUCUUCACCGACCCGAGGUCCGUCCGCGACGUCGUCAAAGGCAAGCAAGACCCCCCCUCUCCGUUCCCUGUCAUCCAGAAGCCCCGCGACGUCAUCUCCCGAAUCCUCCACACCAUCUUCUUCCACCGCUUCUUCCCCGCCGUCACCCCGCAGACCCGCGAGGUCCUCGACCUCUCCCUCCCCUACGUUGACAACGACGAGCUCGAGACCAUGAUCGACCAGCGCGCCGCCGCCCUGGAGCGCCAGCUCGACGCCGAGCGCUCCUCGGCCGGCACGGGAGGCGCCGGGGGCGGCGGCAGCAGGGGCCAGUUCACCGUCCAGUUCUUCGAGAAGCGCCGCCGCAAGGCCUGGCUCACCCGGGGCGACGAUGAGGUCUGCUGGGAGUGCUGGACCCUCAAGGUCACCGUCGCCGAACCCAAAACUGAGAGUGAACGGGCCAAAGUGCGACGAGCCAUGGAACAAACACUCCAAACGACCGUGAUGAAGAUUGUUACAUUUGUUAAUACUCAUAAAGAUCACAUCCCUCCGAUCACUACACAAGGCGUGAAUCCGUUCCCGUAUAAAAUCACUGUUGAUCAAAAGGAGUCGAGCUGGGCCAAUCGCAUGCGAAUGUACUAG